AUGGCUAGAGCACCUGUCACAUCAGAAUCCCUUCCAGAUGAAAUUAAUGAAGAUUUCCUCAGCUGUUCCAUCUGUUUGGAUAUCUACAAGAAUCCUACAGUUCUACCAUGUCUGCAUACAUUCUGUCAGCAAUGUCUGGUAACUUUAAAGGCUAAAUCUGGAGGUGUUUUGAAGUGCGCUACAUGCAGAAUUCAGUGUGACACUCCCAUCAAGAAACUGAAGUCCAACUUGUUUUUAUCGAGCUUACUACACACAUACCAGACACGACUGAGCCUUGACCAUUCACAUGUGUGUGAGAUAUGUCAAGAGAAGAUCGCAACUCACAGGUGUGUAGACUGUCUUCAGUUCAUUUGCGACGAAUGUUUUACUAUUCAUAAACGUAUACCAACUCUCCGUUAUCAUGAAGUGCUUACAAUUGCCAAGUACAAGGAGAUAGAAUCCAGGGGUCAUUUAACAGUACAGUCUAAAGUUAUCUGCAGUGUCCAUAAAGACAGCGAUUUAGAAUUCUACUGUGAAACAUGCCAGGUACCUGUCUGCUACAAGUGUACUAAAGUUAAACACAGAAUUCCUGCACAUAGGCAUAGAGAUUUACAGGAGGUAGCAGAUAAAUAUAAAACACAACUGAGGGAAAUGUUAGGAUUGUUAAAAGUGAAAGAGAAACAAGCAGAGGCAGGAAAAUCAGCAGAUGAAUCUGCAAGAGCAAAAAUCAGAGAUCAGUGUGAGGCAGAAAAGAGGAAAGUUAUAACAAGAGCAAAGGAAAUGACAGAGAGGAUACAGAAAGAAGGUAAGAUGUUGAUAGAUGCCCUGGAUAAAAAAGCCCGGAUGGGAUUAAAAGAUGUGGAAAUGAACAUUGACGAGAAACAAUUUAACCAUGGCAACAUAGUAAGCAUGCAUCAUUAUCUAGAAACACUGCUGCAUCAUGGGAAUUCUGUUCAUCUGCUAUCUACCAGGAUUGAAACUAUGAAGCGCAUAAACGAGAUGGUUGCUAUGGAAAUAAAACCGCCAAUCACUCAUGAUAUCACCGAGUUUCAACCAGGAAGUGACCUUGCUGCACACGCAUUGAUGGGGGUGAUCAAAUCAGACGUCUGUCCAUCCAAAUGCACAGUUGAAAACAUUCCGAAACAACUCCUGAAAGGUGAAUCCGUCAAGCUGCUCAUCACUACCAGAGAUUCCAGAGGAAUGAAGACUAUUUCCCGUAAAGAUGUUAAAGUGAAAACAGGUAAUCCUUAUGCCUUGUGGGAUAACACUGAUGUAACGUGCAAUAAAGAUGGGACAUUUAAUGUGGUAAUAACAGGUAGCAGAGCAGGAAGACUGCAAAUUGCCAUGAAAAUCGGUCACCAACAAAUAUUAAGAUCUCCAUUAUACAUUGACAUUAUAAAUGGAUUAGUACAGACAGUAGGAACAACAGGAAGCGAAGGGAAGCUCAACCGGCCAAUGGGACUAACAAUUAAUAAACAUGGUGACUUUGUCACAGCUGAUUACAAGGACAACAGAGUAACAAUUCAUGACAGAGACGGAAAUUACAAACAAUCAUUCAGAUUUACCGAGCGAUUUGCAAAGCCAUUCAGACCAUGGGAUGUAGCAAUAUCAGAUGAUAAUGAAUACUUUAUGUUAGAUCAUAAUAACAGACAAGUAGUUGUGAGUGAUGUGAACGAAAAGUUAAUUAGAUGUUUCGGAUGUCCCCAAAUUGAUAAUCCAUGUGGAAUUGCAAUUAAUCCUGUUAAUAAGAAUGUGUAUGUGAGUGAAUGGAAUGGAGAUUGUAUUAGAAAGUAUACACAUAGAGGUGUGUAUAUUAAGUCUUUUGGGGAUAGCGGAGACAAGCAGGGAGAGUUCAUUUGCCCUUGUAUGCUAGCUAUUAAUAGUAAGGGGUUGGUGUAUAUACCAGAUUGUUACAACAACCGUAUUCAGGUAUUCAAUUCUGAUGACCAGUUUAUGUUUGAAUUUUCCUCCAAUGGUGACAGUCCAAUGAAUCGUCCCAAAGGAGUAGCUAUAGAUAAGAAUGAUUAUGUAUAUGUAAGCAGUUUACAUGAGGUCACAAAGUAUGACAGCUAUGGUCAGUUCAUUUGUAGGAUUGACAGUGAUAAUGAUGCACUGAGUUCUCCAUGGGGUGUAGCAUGCAAUGCUGGAAGAGUAGCUGUAGUGAGCAGGGGCAAUGAUUGCAUCAAAGUGUUUGUAGAAUGA